AUGUCACGUUCUCCAGGUAUCCCUUGUGAGCCACCUCUGGACAUUCCCAACGGGGAGCACACGGGCAGUCUGCUGAAUGAAUUCCACUAUGGAAUAUCUGUAACAUACACCUGCAACCCUGGGUUCCCACUCCAUGGAGAGCCCUCCAUCCACUGCACCACCCAGGAUGGGAAAAACGGCGUGUGGAGCGAGCCCAUCCCGACGUGUGGAGAGGCAAACUGUCCUGUCCCACGGGUCCAGAACGGGAGGAUCGUGUCUCCUAGAUCUGCCUACUCACACCAGGACACCGUGACCUUUGAGUCUGGCUGCAGUGCACCUGCCAGGCUGGAGUUUGCUGAGCUGAAGGAGCCCCACAACAACCAGACCAUCUUCCCUGUGGGGAGGACAGUGGAAUACGUGUGCCGGCCUGGGUAUUCCCAGCACCCGGGGAUGCCACCUUCCAUCACAUGCCUCAGGAACCAGACGUGGUCUGCGGUGCUGGAGUUCUGUAAAAGGAUCGUGUGUGCUCCACCUCCGGCCAUCCCCCACGGGACACACAGCGGGCGCUCGAGGGACACCUUCUCCUACGGGGACGUGGUCACCUACUCCUGUGACUCCGGGCACUCUCUGGCAGGAGAUCACUCCAUCCUCUGCACCUCCUCAGACGGGGAGCACGGAGUGUGGAGCGGGACAGCGCCGCGGUGCCAAGGUAGGGCUGGGAGGGCUCUGUGGUGUCCCCACCGGCGAGAGGUGAAGUGUCCUCCCCCUCCGAGCAUUCCCAACGGGAAUCACAGCGGCCAGCCCUCGGACAGGCACCUCCCGGGCUCGGCUGUGCAGUACAGCUGCUCGGAGGGCUACACCCUCAUCGGGAACGCCUCCAUCCACUGCACCGCCGCCGGAACGUGGAGCCGGCCCCGGCCCCGGUGUGAAGCAAUUGGCUGUGACAGACCAGAGAUCAAGAAUGGAAGAACGACUGGGCUGGAGACCACGUACAGACUCGGGGACGUUGCUGUCUUCGAAUGUGAUUUUGGUUAUGCCCUGAAGGGCUCUCAACAGUCUCGCUGCCAGUUUGGGGGCAAGUGGGACCCUCCUUUCCCCACCUGUGAGAAGAUGCUGCCAUGUCCUUCCCCUCCAAAUAUCAAAAACGGCCGGCACGACAGCAAGGAUGUGGAUGUGUUUAUCCCUGGAAUGUCAGUGAAGUACUCCUGUGACCCAGGGUAUGCCCUUACUGGGAAAACAACAGUUUCUUGUUUGACAUCUGGAUCCUGGAGCAUCCCUUACCCCCGGUGCGAAGUGAUCACCUGCACAAGCCCCAGCAUCCGGGAUGGAGAGGUGGCUGAAGGCCGGAGUGCUGUGUACCUUCCUGGGGCCAAUGUCACCUUCCAGUGCCACCCAGGCUACGUCCUGCAGGGCACCCGUGCAGCCAAGUGCCAGCCUGACGGCCGCUGGGUGCCUGCUGUGCCCACCUGUGAGCGAGUGCUGCUGUGCCCUGAGCCUCCCGUCAUCGCCCACGCCACGCACGGCGCGGAGCUCGGGGCCAACUUCACCAGCGGCACGUCGGUGAACUACAGCUGCCAGCCCGGCUUCUCCCUCCUCGGAGACCCCUCCAUCUGGUGCACGGCCUCGGGGAGCUGGAGCCUUCCAUACCCACGCUGUGCAGCUGGUUGUGGCACACCAACAAAGUUGUUGUUUGCUGAGCUGAACGAGGAGUAUAAAAAUCAGACUGAGUUUCCUGUUGGGAAGAUUGUGGAAUACACUUUGCUGCAAUGUCCUUCACCUCCAGCUAUUGACAACGGAAAUCACAACAGCCAGGACUUGGAAGUUUUCCCCCCUGGGAUGGUUGUAAACUACAGCUGUGACCCUGGGUACAGCCUCCUGGGAGAGGCAUCCAUCUACUGCACCGACUCUGGCAACUGGAGCCUCCCUCUCCCUCGGUGUGCAGGUGGCUGUGGUGCACCUCCAAACUUCACCUUUGCUCAGCUAACUAAGGAAUACAGAAACCAGAUGGAAUUUGCUGCCGGGGACACCGUGCGCUACAGCUGCCAGCCAGGAUACAUGAGACGCCCCGGAAUCCGGAAUGGGAGGGUAACCCUUCUUAAAUAUCGCUACACGUACAAAGACGCUGUUACUUUUAAGUGCCGUAAAGGUUUCACCUUGCGAGGCCAUCACACAUCCCGGUGCCGAGCCGAUAAAUCCUGGGAUCCGCCUCUCCCAGCCUGUGAGCAGGUGCUGCACUGCUCCAAGCCUGCAGAUAUCACUCAUGGGUCUCUCAGCAGCCCAGCAAAAGUAUUUUUUACUCCUGGAACAUCUGUGAGCUACAUCUGUGAUCCUGGCUUCUCUCUCCUUGGGACAGCAUCCAUUUAUUGCACACCAUCUGGAGCCUGGAGCCAUCCUCCUCCCAUCUGUCAAGCUGUGAUGUGCCUCCAUCCUCCAAACAUCACCAAUGGGAAGCUCAAAGGCAACAUCUCUCACACUUUUCCCUAUGGAGCAUCUGUAUCCUACAGCUGCAAUCGUGGUUAUUCACUUGUUGGGAAUGCUUUUAUCAACUGCACAGUGUCAGGAACCUGGAGCCAGCCUCUUCCUCAGUGCAAAGAGAUCAGAUGUGAAUUCCCGGAUGUUCAAGGUGUUAAGAAAGCCAUUAAAGGAAACACUUAUCGUUCUGGGACCAACCUCACUCUUGAAUGUGAUGAUGGUUACACAUUGCAAGGCGUCAGUCAGACUCAGUGCCAAGAGGAUUUCACCUGGGACCCUCCUGUGCCAGCCUGUAAACUGACAUCACACAAGUCUGGGUCACUAGGCCUCGGAGUCGCAGCCGCGGGAGUUCUGCUGCUCCUGGGGGCAGGCAUUGUCUGGAAAAUAGUUUCCAAGCAGAAGGAAGGUUAUUAUCGUACAUAUGAAAAUUACAAUUACCAAACCCCUCUGAAUCCGGUAACUCAACAGAAAAGCUCAUGUGUGCCAUAGAAGGCUGGGCAUCUGUGUAGCUGCUAACCAGGGACUUGGCUUGUUCUCCACAGCGAGGGCUGCAUGGAAGUGCUGCUUGAGACUGAAAUUCUGUGGCAAAAAUAAGACACUUUACUGUAAAUCUUUAAUGCUCAUUCUGCUCCCAUUAAUUACUGUAGGGAUCUAAUGAGGCUCAGACUGCACGCAGUGCGGAUGCCGCCCCGGAGGGAAUUCUGCGUGCUGCUUCUGAUCAAGAAUACUUCAUCUGCAAAGGCAAAAAAUCUGGAUAAGCAAGUCCCAUUAAAGCGUUCCUGCGCGGGGGUGGGAGUCACAGCAUGUUAAUUAAUGUCUUAAUAACAGCUGCAUUCACAUCUCUGUAUUUCCUUUCAGCAACGCUUUUG